AUGAUUUUAGGCUUUAAUAGUUUCAAGAUCCCGACCGGCUGUUCUCAAAAGCCAUCUUUGCAUUGUUCCUCCUCGGGCUCCUUGCUCGCCACAGACUCCAGCAGCUUUAUCGCCAGAGUCCCUGAACUGCAUGAGUCACGGUGCCCAGCUCUCGCUUUCUUUUUAAUCCCCUGCAUCAGAUCACCAACGUGCCCCACCGUGUCAGAUGCAGCCCUAGACACCAGCUCCGAAAUCAUCACCAAGGACUUAAAGAAGAAGGAAGUUGUGGAAGAGGCGGAAAAUGGAAGAGACGCCCCUGCUAAUGGGAAUGCUAAUGAGGAAAAUAGAGAGCAGGAGGCUGACAAUGAGGUAGAUGAGGAAGAGGAAGAAGGUGGGGAGGAAGAGGAGGAGGAAAAAGAAGGUGAUGGUGAGGAAGAGGAUGGAGAUGAAGACGAGGAAGCUGAGUCUGCUACAGGCAAGCCGGCAGCUGAAGAUGAUGAGGAUGAUGAUGUCCAUACCAACAAGCAGAAGACCGACAAGGAUGACUAGACAGCAAAAAAGGAAAAGUUAAACUGAAAAAAAAAAAAGGCCACCGUGACCUAUUCACCCUCCAUUUCCUGUCUCAGAAUCUAAAGGUGGUCACCUUGCAGUAUUGAGGCCCACCCGCCAUGGGCAGUGCCACCCACAGAUGACACACACUCUCCACCACCCAACCCAAACCAUAAGAAUUUGCAACAAGGGAGGAAAAAGAACCAAAAUUUCCAAGGCCCUGAUUUUUUUCUUAAAAGUACUUUAAGAAAAGAAAUUUGUCUGUGUUUUUUAUUUACAUUUUAUAUUUUUGUACAUAUUGUUAGGGUCAGCCACUUUUAAUGAUCUCGGAUGACCAAAGCAGCCUUCGGACCGUUCUUUGUCCUACUUCUGACUUUACUUGUGGUGUGACUGUGACCACGUUCAUUAUAAUCUCAAAGGAGAAAAAAAAAAAAAAAGCUUGUAAAAAAAAGCAAAAACGACAACAGAAAAGCAAUCUUAUUCCCACCAUUCCAGUAACUUUUUUGUGUAUGUACUUAGCUGUACUAUAAGUAGUUUGUAUGAGAUGGUUA